AUGCGUGAUCCCGUCGUUUUGGCUUCUGGUCAGACAUAUGAUAAGUUAUUCAUACAAAAGUGGUUGAGUUCUGGAAACAGAACAUGUCCCAAGACACAACAAGUUCUGUCUCACACAAGCUUAACUCCAAAUCUAUUAAUCAGUGAUAUGAUCUCAAAAUGGUCCAAGACGGUUGGGGUAGAGAAGUUGAACCAAUGUUCUUCCUCGGCCCGAACCUAUGUGAUGAAGGUUGCUCUUGGUCAUUCUGCUUCUAAUGAAAUUCGUAAUGCCAUCUUUAAAGCCUCCAAGGUUGUGUACGAUGCUUCUUAA